CUCCCUGCAUAAAAACCCUAGCCCGCACAAGCACACAGUAAUGGCAUCUACGAUACCCUCAGACAAUGGCACCCUCGCACAAACCCUAAAACCCGACACACAAUCUGAGACUACUGCCAUAACUGCUGUAAAAACCGACUCGAAGCCGGAGGCGGAAGCGGCGCUGGAGACUAGGACGGAGCCAGCAGAUAAAAAUCCUUCAGCUACUGACUCAGCUACGGCAGAGGCAACGGCGUCUCCGGAAAAGAAGUGGCCUGGGUGGCCAGGUGACUGCGUUUUUCGGCUCAUAGUGCCGGUGCUUAAGGUUGGUAGUAUAAUUGGACGGAAAGGCGAUAUCAUUAGGAAGAUGUGCGAAGACACGAAAGCUCGUAUCCGUGUACUCGACGCCCCUGUUGGUACCCCUGACCGCAUUGUCUUAAUAUCUGGCAAAGAAGAAACAGAGGCACCUCUCUCACCUGCAAUGGAUGCUGUAAUUAGGGUAUUCAAACGUGUCAAUGGCUUUCCGGAGAAUGAUAGUGAGAGCAUAGCAUCCGUUCCAUUUUGCUCAAUCCGAUUGUUGGUGCCAUCAAUGCAAGCGAUAAGUCUGAUUGGAAAGCAAGGAUCUUCAAUCAAGUCGAUACAGGAGAGCACUGGUUGUUCUGUGCGAGUGCUCUCAGGUAGUAUGAAUUUGCUGGUCAUAAAUGAAACCUGAAAGAUCAUUCAGUUCUUGCAUGGCAUGUCCUAUAUGAUCUAGGAUAUUUUCUUUUUAUCUAGCAUGCCUUUUUUUGUAGAUGGUUCUUUUAUCUAUUGGUUGUUUGUUUGAGAA